AUGUUAGCCGCGAACGGGUCCGUAGGUCCGCCGUCCUCCAACAAUGCUACGGCCUUACUGACGGUAAAUGGAAUCAUACCGAACCAGCAAAUUAAUGGACAACAGGGAAGUCGUGCCACUCCUGUCCUUGCACCGGCUUACUUUCCCAAUACUGCAUUCGCAUCUUUUCCUGUUCCGUUUUCUGGCCCGGCUUCAGUCGUACCAUGCAUUACCUCACCACCAACAGGGACAAUAUUUCAAAGUCCUGGAGGACAAUUUCCUUUUAGCAUGGCCGGUUCUAUGCUUGUAGCCCAGCCACAACCAGUUAUAAGUGGAACGCCAAUAAGUUAUUCGUCUUUCAGCCAACCGGUGAGCGUAGCGAAUACCUCUCCCCCUGCUGCAGCGGCCGUGGUCUUGACAACACCAAUAACCACGGACGUGUGCAUUACGUCUACUGCCUCAUUACCUGUUAUACAAAACGGCACGGUAUCGAUCGCUCCCUCGACAUUGCAGUCAGCAGCACCAAAUCUCAAUAAUACCGUGACUGAUGCUGCACCAUCUAUCAAAUGCAAACCCGAAGUUAAACCGGUUGUACCUCUAGGAUCAGUAAUACCUAACACUCCAACACCUGAAGCAAAUAUGGCCUCCUUAGAGAAGUGUAAUUUCAACCGCGAUCUUAUUCUUGAGGCAAUUGAUAAACUGCGUGACAGAAAGGCACGACCUGACAUGGAACGUAUUUCGUGCCUUCUCCGACGUCAGCACAAUAUUCCACCCUCUGACACUCAGAUUUGUCUCAAUCGGCUGGCGGAAGUUGGAGCCGUUGUCUGUGUUGACUAUAAGGGGAACCUGAGUUACAGAAACCCCACCAAGUGGCGCAAGACAGCAACUUCAACCGGCACUAUAACCAACCGACCAAAUAUCAGUAGACGUCUCAUUGAAGCGGUUCGCACGCUGAUUCCAGAGGGCGGAGACCCUAGUCAAAGCUUCACCUUAUUCCAAAUUGAACAAGCUGUAAAGCAGCUGAAGCCUUCCGUUCCCUCUGCUGCCACCCCCGCCGAGAAUGAAGGGGACACCUCAUCUAUACCUUCCUCCUCCUCUGAGCUAACCGGGUCAAACCUUCGAGUGUGCAUAGAACGGGAGGCGAUAUUUGGAAAGCUCGCUAAGUUGCCUGAUGGGCGUUUCGUUCUUGACGAGAAUGGAGAUAGAAAACGCAACACCGGCCCCACUAUUCAUUUCAAUCGACGUCCAUUUUUGGGCAAGCUACCGCCUCAAGGUACAUAUGGUAAACCGCCGAUAGCCCCAGCACUGGAUUCAAUUGGUGGAAAACCGUACAGUGUCCUCUCAAUCGCUCCUGGUCGACCACUGGCUCGUAGACCUCCAUUUACCACUGGUAAACGAGGUCGGCCUCCUAGUAUUAAAGCAAAGAAGAUGCUCACCUCCUGCUCUCAGCAACCCAUUCUGCCUGCUCCACCGGACAAUCUCAUGACUCCUUCAUUGGAGAAGCGUCUGAAGAUCGAGACGGUUCCAGGAGCAGCAUCGACGACAGCCUUUGUCCCCUUGGAUGGGACAGUCAUGGUGUCCGCAACUCCGAUG